GGCUGUGGCUGUGGUCUGACCGUGAUGUAAAUGACGUGAUCGUUUUAUGAGACGCUCCCAAAUUAAACAGGCAGUGUUCUUCCGUUCCAGGCACAUUAAUUAUUUUAAUUAAAAUCCAACAACCAAAACAGUUGUGCUGUUCACAAAAAGGCUUUGAGUUAAACCAGGAGUGGUUUAAACCCUGCAACGACAUGUCUAAAGUUAACGUGUGACAUAUCGCGGAACAUUCACUUUUAUUUAUAAGUAUUGUGUUAUUAUACCCAGUUAGCUUAUAUCCAAUAGUUAAGAAAAUAUUUCCGAAAACCAAAUCCGAAAGAAAGAAACUCCCGUUUGUGGUGUUUCUGCAAACGUGUCCCCUGCGCACAGUGUAGAAAUUGAGUCGGAACCUAAAUACCUGGUGUCGUGCUUUCCGGUGGGGAAAUACCUUCUGGGGGACGCUGAUGCAGAAGGUAAACAAUGGAAUACUUUCGUUGAAAUAAAAUUGCAUUUGGACCGUAACAAAGAAGCUUAAUGCUGCUGAUUCAGCUAAUCAAGAGGCGCUGGAUUCAAAGAGGAGUGUUUCACGACUGAGCGUGAACCAUGAAAUCUGAAAGGUUCACAGUGGAGGAGCGACGGGAAAUCAUCGCCAUAUACAGUACGAUGAGAGGAAGUGCGCGGGCAGCCGGCGUACUGUUCCACAUGAAAUACCCGCACCGUCCAAGACCCUGCACCGCCACGGUCUAUAACGUGAUCAAGAGGUUCCGCGAAACCGGAUCGGUACACGGCGGCCCUCGCCGACGCGGACGCAGUUUGAUCACGGACAGCGCGACAGCUUCCUCACUCGUCACAAACGUUGCCCUUAAUCCCCAAAAAUCAACACGCACCUUGGCUCGGGAGUCGGGGAUUUCCACGGCGUCUGUCACGCGAGUCCUGCACCGCUGUAACUUCCAGCAGUACAAAGUGCACGUUGUGCCAGACGUGCAGGCGGACGCAGAGCCUAUUCAAGCAGCCCCUGCUGAAUGGACAUGGGUUUCUUCACAUGGCUUGUCUGCUGCUGAGGGGCGGUGUGCAGGAAUGGACGGCGAGGGACAGAGAGACGGGAGGAUUCUGGACCCCAUAGACGAUGUCUUGAAAGAGGACGGGCUGCCUGAUGAAGAUGUCACAGUCCCACUGAAUGAACUUCCUGAACCAGAGCAAGUCACCGGUGGCUCUGAGUCCGAGUCACUGAAGAGCAGGAGAUGAAGUGGUGAGACCUGCCCUGCAGAGUGGGCAUGAGAACACACCCACUCCAGUGCUUCUGAAACCCCCAACAAGGACACUGUAGAGAAUGCACCUGGAGAGUUGCUAUGCCAGUCAGAUUACACGCAGGAUUCACUUGUUUUUUGUACUAUCCCCCCCUCCUGCACUGAACCAAGGGAUACUUUGACUGCUCCAGAAUUGUGCAUUGAAAAAGUGCCAUUGACACUAAACUGUUACUGCUUUAUCUCUUUUUAUUUUUAUAUUAUUUUGUAUGAAGUCAUUGUUAUUUUUUGUGGCAUCUGUAAUGUAAAUAAACUGUAGCAAAUGCAAA